AUCAAGACCGCAUUUCUGUUUGCAACCAGCUAUGGGUGUAGUCUGAAAAGUGAAUACAGUAGCGCACCGCAAUAUACCUCGAAGUUUUAUCCUCAUGAAGGAGCUCCGUCCUGGCUGAGUUUGGGAGAUGGGAGUACUCAACAUUGCAGACCAGCCUCCUCUGGUCCAGGCCAUCUUCAAUCGUAAUGCUGAAGAAGUUCAACUAUUAUUGCACAAAAAGGAGGAUGUCAAUGCACUGGACCAAGAGCGCCGUACGCCACUUCAUGCUGCUGCCUGUGUGGGUGACGUCCAUAUAAUGGACCUCCUCAUUGAAUCAGGUGCCAGUGUAAAUGCUAAAGACCAUGUAUGGUUGACCCCAUUGCACAGGGCGGCUGCUUCCAGGAAUGAAAGGGCAGUGGGUCUGCUGCUGAGGCGCGGAGCAGAGGCAAAUGCACGAGACAAGUUCUGGCAGACACCACUGCAUGUGGCUGCUGCCAACCGUGCCACACGCUGCGCAGAGGCCCUGCUAACCCAGCUGAGCAACCUGAACAUGGCAGAUCGCACAGGCAGAACUGCUUUGCACCACUCAGCCCAGAGUGGGUUCCAGGAGAUGGUGAAGCUGUUGCUCAACAAAGGGGCCAACCUGAGUGCCAUCGAUAAGAAGGAGAGACAGCCUAUCCAUUGUGCUGCUUACUUGGGGCAUGUGGAGAUUGUGAAGUUGCUGGUGUCCCGCAGUGCAGACAAGAGCUGCAAGGAUAAGCAAGGCUACACACCUCUCCAUGCUGCUGCUGCAAGUGGUCACAUUGAAAUUGUAAAGUACCUACUGAGGAUGGGGGCAGAGAUUGAUGAGCCCAAUAGCUUUGGAAACACUGCGCUCCAUGUGGCUUGCUACAUGGGGCAGGAGGCUGUGGCUACAGAGCUGGUGAACCAUGGCGCUAAUGUUAACCAGCCCAACAAGUGUGGCUACACCCCUCUGCACCUGGCUGCCGUUUCCACCAACGGUGCCCUCUGUCUGGAGUUGCUGGUCAACAAUGGGGCAGAUGUCAACCAGCAGAGCAAAGAAGGGAAGAGCCCCUUGCACAUGGCAGCCAUUCAUGGACGCUUCACACGCUCUCAGAUCCUCAUCCAGAAUGGUGGGGAAAUUGAUUGUGUGGAUAAGUAUGGCAAUACUCCUCUCCACGUUGCUGCUAAGUAUGGCCAUGAACUGCUGAUCAGCACGCUGAUGACCAACGGAGCAGACACGGCCAGACGUGGGAUCCAUGGAAUGUUCCCCUUGCACUUAGCUGUGCUGUACGGGUUUUCAGACUGUUGUCGCAAGUUACUCUCCUCAGGUCAGCUGUAUAGUAUAGUUUCAUCCAUGAGUAAGGAGCAUGUACUAUCAGCUGGGUUUGACAUAAACACCCCUGACAACUUUGGGAGGACCUGUCUACACGCUGCUGCCUCUGGAGGAAAUGUUGAAUGUCUGAACUUGCUCUUAAGUAGCGGUACCGACUUAAACAAGAGGGACAUAAUGGGAAGGACACCGUUGCACUAUGCGGCUGCUAAUGGGAGGUACCAGUGCACUGUGACCCUGGUGAGCGCUGGCGCUGAGGUCAACGAGCCUGACCAGACAGGCUGUACUCCCCUGCACUACUCUGCCGCCUCCCAAGCCUUCAGCAGAGUUGACCGUCAUUUUUCUGGGAACCAUCAGAAUGAUGAAGAUGAGGCGAAGGAGUCGUACUUCUGCUUGGAGCAUCUUUUGGACAAUGGUGCUGAUCCAUCGAUGGUCAACUCAAAGGGUUACAGUGCUGUUCACUAUGCAGCUUACCAUGGCAACAAACAAAACCUGGAGCUGCUCCUGGAGAUGUCCUUUAACGCACUAGGAGACAUAGAGAGCAGUAUUCCAGUCAGUCCACUGCAUCUUGCUGCUGAUAAGGGCCACUGGCAGGCGCUGCGUGUGCUGACUGAGACUGCAGCCUAUGUGGACAUGCAGGAUGCUGCAGGCCGUUCUGUGCUCUACUUGGCUGCCCAGAAAGGCUACGCCCGCUGUGUUGAGGUGUUGUUGGCUCAGGGGGCCUCCUGCCUCCUCAAUGACAACCGCCUCAUGUGGACUCCAAUUCAUGUUGCAGCUUCCAAUGGUCACUCAGACUGCCUGCGCAUGAUGAUUGAUUAUGGGGAGGAGGGGGAUCUCACCAACGUUGCAGACAAAUUUGGCCAGACCCCUCUGAUGCUAGCUGUUCUGGGAGGUCACACUGACUGUGUCCACUUCCUGUUGGAGAAGGGUGCCUUGCCAGAUGCCAAGGACAAGAGGGGUAGCACAGCUUUGCACAGAGGGGCGGUGUUGGGCCAUGAUGACUGUGUGACAGCCUUGCUGGAGCACAAAGCUUCUGCACUGUGUCGGGACGCCCAGGGUAGGACACCUCUGCACUACGCUGCAUCCAGAGGCCACACAGAAAUCCUGGCCAGUCUGGUGCAGGCCGCCAUGGCAACAGACCCGCAAGAUAAACUGCUGGACAACAAACAAUACACCCCAUUACACUGGGCUGCUUACAAAGGGCAUGAAGACUGUUUGGAGGUUUUACUUGAAUUUAAAACAUUUAUCCAUGAAGAGGGAAACCCUUUCACCCCCCUGCACUGUGCUCUGAUGAAUGGCCAUAGUGGUGCUGCAGAGAGGCUGCUGGAAUCUGCUGGGGUCCACAUGAUUAACACCAGAGAUGCCAAAGGAAGGACCCCACUGCAUGCUGCUGCAUUUGCUGAGGAUGUCGCAGGACUUCAGCUGGUGCUUCGCCAUGGGGCAGAGAUCAAUGCAGUGGACAAAAGUGGACGCUCUGCUCUGAUGGUAGCUGCUGACAAGGGACACAGUGGCACCGUGGCCAUCCUCCUUCACCGGGCCAAGGCUGACCUGACACUGCUUGAUGAGAACAGGAACACUGCCCUGCACCUGGCCUGCAGCAAGGCUCAUGAGAUGUGUGCCCUGCUGAUUCUGGGAGAGAUCCACAGUCCCACACUCAUAAACGCCACCAACAGUGCUCUGCAAAUGCCCCUCCAUCUUGCAGCACGUAAUGGCCUGGCUACGGUGGUGCAGGCACUGCUGAGCAGAGGAGCCACUGUGCUGGCUGUGGAUGAGGAAGGCCACACCCCAGCUUUGGCCUGUGCUCCCAACAAGGAUGUGGCUGACUGCCUGGCUCUGAUCCUCUCUACCAUGAAGCCUUUCCCCCAGCGGGACCCUUCCUCCUGCUCCUGCUCCUCUCCCACUGUCUCCCCCUCCCCGGGUCUCAACUUGCUGAAGCACUGCGGCAUCACCGCCGCCUGCGCCCCCUUGCCCAGCAACGGCCUCCACAACGGCUACGUCAAAGACCGUCACGGUGCACCGGUUGGCCUGGACGGGUGUCUGUCUGAGUGA